AGUCCAUCCUAUAAGCCCAUUACAAAAUCAAAUUUUUAUACAUAUCUUCCCAUAUAUCUAUAUAGAUACACAUAUAAAAAUUCGGUUUUGUCGCAUACCCACUUAAAAUCUGCUUGAAUCGGACUAAUACCCAUCUGGGUUUUCAUUAAUUCUGAUCUAUUUGAUCGAUCAAAAAAUCAAGAAUAAUAAUGAGGAAGAGGGAAAGAGAAAACCCAUGUGGGAUUUGUGGGCACUAUCAUAAAUACGAAGAAGGUGAAGUUUGUGGGAUAUGUGGUCACCGGAUGCCGGUCGGAGUUGAGAAAACAUUGAUUACGGUCAGUGCUUUUCCGUCGGAAAUCUUGCCGGAGUUUUUGUAUCUUGGUAGCUAUGAUAACGCUUCUCGUUCUGAACUUCUUAAGACUAUUGGUAUUACUCGUGUUCUUAAUACCGUACCGGCAUGUCAGAAUCUCUACAAAAACUCAUUUACUUAUCAUUGUCUCACCGAUAGCCCAACUAUCGCAUUCGAUAAUGCAGUCGAGUAUCUAGAGCAAUGUGAAAAGGAGAAUGCUCGAGUCCUUGUUCACUGCAUGUCUGGAAAAAACAGGUCACCAGCUGUUGUGAUGGCGUAUUUGAUGAAGAGCAGAAGGUGGACUCUUGAUCAGAGUUACCAGUGGGUAAAAGAACGCCGACCGCCUGUUGACGUAAAUCCAGAUGUUAUGAAGCAACUGCAAGAGUAUGCACAGAAAAUUCAAGCUGCAGUGGUGCCAGGUGGUGGUGCUCCGCCACCAACUUUAGGUGAUGGAGCCCCCUUUAGCUUUGGGUUUACAAGCCCAACCCCAUCCAAUGUUCCUUCGGCUUUUCCGACUUUCAACACCAGUGCAACCCCCUCCAUUUUUACUCGUGUAGACAUCCCACCUCCUAAUGAGUUCACUUUUGGAGCUGCUGGUCAGACACAGAACACCCCGUCAAAUCUCGUGUCAUCUGGACCGAGUGCUGUGAAUCCAAAUGCCAGUGAUGUAUCGAUGGACGGGUCUUAAGUUCUUGGCAAUUUGUUCUUAUUAGGUUUCUUGGAUUUCGGUUAUUUGUGCAAAUCUUAUGAGAAGCCAUGAAUGAUAUGUUGAGUUUGACGUUGACACAAGAUGGUAUCACCUGAAGGUUUGAAUGUAAAUGCUAAACGAAAGCUUUUGGCUUGUUAGACCUCACAGCCUUAGAAGGCCAACACAUUACAUUUGAGAUUUUAAUUUUUGUUAGGGGUACCCUUUUAUGCUUCAGUUUCAUUAUUAUAUUUCUGCCCAA